AUAUAGGACUUUUAUUUUGACAAAUUGAAUGUAGCUUUCAGAUGCAGCUAGAAGAGCACUCUCAACGUGUUAGCAGAUGCAGGGAUAUUUGUGGAAUUGUACUGGCUAUAUGGAGGUCCAGUCACUUUUAGAUAUGUGCGUUGACCAUGUAGCCCGGCAUGCCGACAACCGCUAUAAGGACCUUAUAGAGUUGCCAGAACACAUCAAGGAUAAAGUAGUGCGAAUUAUGAGCCUCCGUGGAACACUGACCGACUCCAACAUCAGUCAGGUUUUACAUUCAGGAAUAAAAACACUUGAUUUGCACAACUGCCGGUUUUCUGACUUGGCAUUGCAAAAAAUCUCCUGCAGGCAUUUAAGUCGAAUAUGCCUCUCCAACUCUUCAGAAAUUACAUCAACAGGCUUAGAAGCACUUGCAUCCUCCUGCCCAAACCUGAGAUGUGUAGACCUGUCUGGCUGUGUAUCUGUGAGCGAUCCUGGGGUUCAGGCCCUGGCAUGCUGCUGCACAGGACUGGAGGUCAUCUGUCUCAUGGGCUGCACAGCUCUGAGCAGCAAAGCCAUUCAAGAGCUGGGAGCUCACUGCAGGAUGCUCCACACCGUCUCUAUCUCAGACACCGCGGUAUCAGAUGAGGGUGUUGUAAGCCUUGCAACAGGAGUGUGUGCCAACAGUUUAAAGGAAAUCCACAUGUCAGGAUGUUCAAAUCUGACAGAUGAGGCAGUGAUUUCUGUUCUCACAAACUGCCCCAACAUCAGAACAUUUAUCUUCCAUGGAUGUCCACUAAUUACAGAUCGGUCCAGAGAGGCUCUACAAAGCCACACUGGCAGGGACAAGAUCAAACAUGUGACCUGGACAGUGUACUGAGGAGAGAUAACUCCAUGUGCUGGAACGCUAGCUGAUCAUCAGGACCCCCUUCUGAAUGAGUCUAAUUUCACAUGAGUCUCAGACAUGUGCAGUAAGUGCCCCUGAACGACACAAAACUUAACAGAAUCCACAAUGGGAAAACUUUCAGUAGUGGUAUGGCUUUCAUAAAGAUAAAUAGUUGAACAGUGAAGUGUUAACUUUUAAAAAACAUGGUCCUUUUUUAAUGGUCACUGUUCUCAUUAGGAAGCUUUAUAUUAAGUUAAGCAUUAAACAUAUACCACAUUGUCUAUUGUUGUUUUGUUAUUAUUGUGUUAUUUGUUCUAGUAUUAUCUGCUGUUUAAUUUCAAGUAAUAGUCAUGACUGUUUAUGUAUGUCUCACGCCUAUGCACUAAAGCACAGCUGUAAAUAAAUAUUGCAGAAUGUAUGUACUAA